AUGGCCAUUCUCAACCAGGAAUUGGUGGGCGGCGCUCUCGCCGUCGCACGAGUUAUCGCACGACAGACUUCUGACGCUGCCACGUCCACUGUCUCGUCAGCGGUCUCGUCCGCGCUCAACACGGCGGCAUCAUCUGCACUUUCGUCCAUCACUAGUCCGGCAUCGAGCACUUCGGCACCUUCCACUACCAGCACAGCACCUGAGGCUACGUCGAGCACCAAUAACAGCGGAGGGAAUAGCGGCGGGUCUGGAACGAGUUCUCCCUUGUUGUUCUUCGUUGCGCUUGGUUUUGGUGUAGUAUUCACCAACCUUUGGAUUAUCGUCGGUGUUAAGUACUGCUUCCGAUAUAAUGCUCGGAACCGUCAGAUGCGCGGCCUCGAUGAAAAUGGAGAGCCCAUCAACCUUGAGAACAUGCCCACUCGGCCGCAUCGCCGCCGCCGGGAGAAGAAGCUCAUGACGAUGGACGAAGUCAAUGACAAGUUCCCGAUGAUGAAGUACAAAACCUGGGUCGCUGAUCGUACCAAGGAUGGCUUGCCAACUGCAGGAGGAAUUUCAGCACCAGCGAGCCGUGCCAACAGCGUCAGGAGCGUUGAGGGAAUUGUGCCCGAAGUGUCUGCCAAGGAACGAGAUUCCAUCGAGGAUCCCGCAACUGCAGGCGACAAGUCAAAAACUGGAACCAAGGACGGCGUUGCCACCAACAAUGGUGCCGAUAACGACAACACUUUGACCCAAACACAAACCGCAGGAAGCAUCAUCACAAAAGACCCGGACAGGGCACAUGCCAGUGACGACGAAGAUGACGAUGAUCACAUCAACGCUGCUGUGCCGCCUGAAUUACUCAGCUCUUCUGGAGAUACUUGUGCCAUCUGUAUAGAUACUCUGGAAGAUGACGACGAUGUCCGAGGCUUGACUUGUGGCCAUGCCUUCCAUGCCGUCUGUCUUGAUCCGUGGUUGACCAAUCGAAGGGCCUGCUGUCCUCUUUGCAAGGCUGACUACUAUACACCUAAGCCGAGGCCGCCGCCCGCUGAUGGUGACACCAACAACUCUACCGCAUCUAACCCAGGUGACGCCUCGAGGAAUAACGGCCGCAUGAACAUGCCACGUCAGCCUCAAAGGACCAUUGCUGGGUUCAGUUUGAGAAACAGCGGAAUCUUGGGUCGAUAUGGAAAUACCACGAACGUCGAUUCUUAUGGCAGGCCAAGGAGGAGUGAACACGACAGGAGGCACCAGACGAACAGCCGAAUCACAAGUCGUGCAAACAGCCGUGCCACUCGCACAGCGGCCACACCCGCCCAAGGCCAGCAGCAGCAAGCUGGUUUCUUGAGCAGGGUUAGGGGCAGGUUUCCCACGUUUGGGCGGAGUGCUGGCUCACCUGAGGCGGGUACAAACAAUGCUGAGACAACACCGUCUCAACUGGAAGCCGGGGCACGUACGACUAGUUGA